AUGACCAUGCUCCCGCCCGGGCAUGCGCUUUCAGCCUACCGCGUCGUGGACGAGGUGCAGGAAGUCCCGGAAGCUUCCCUGGCCCGCCUGCCCCGGGACCAGCUCCACCGGGAGGCCGCCAAGACCAGUGCCACGCUCCGGGACAACGAGCGUGCGAGACGCAACAAGAAGCCCAACGUAAAACAAUUCUUCUUUAACCUCGGAGAUUAUGUUCUAGUCGGCCAAGUUUCAGAGGCAUUCGCCAAGAAACUUCAAGUGCAAUGGCUCGGGCCGCGUCAGAUUGUGACUAUCGUACGCGACUGGGUCUACCGCAUCGAGGACCUGCGCAAUGGCGCCAUCACGACGCACCAUGCCUCGCGUCUCAAGUUUUUUGCCGCCCGCGACUUGCUUGUAACGCAGGCGUUGACAGAUCACGUCGCAUACGUCGAGGGCGGCCACCUUGUUGAGUUCUUCCUCGACUGCCGCUUCGACCGGCCGACCCACUCGUGGAUGCUUCGAGUCAAGUGGCUCGGGAUAGACUUCCUCGAGGCCUCGUGGGAGCCGGCGGCAGACAUGGCCACGGACGUGCCAGUCAUUGUUGCCGCCUAUCUGCGCAAAGUGAGCCGCGGGAACGGCAACGUCGCCAAGCUCAAGACGGCGCUCGCUAUCUCGCACCCAGACGUCGUGUAG